AGCAAUAACGUCACCACUGUUGAAAUGGCUUCCCUUCUAGCUGGUACUCUUUUCCUAACCAUCCUUGGCACUACCCGUGCGGGUGUUGUACUAAACGAAGAAACUCCAGAAGUUCGCUAUGAACCCAGCUGGGAUUCCCUAGAUUCCCGUCCCUUUCCGUCGUGGUACGAUGAAGCUAAACUGGGAAUCUUUAUCCACUGGGGAGUGUUCUCGGUACCAAGUUUUAGUUCCGAGUGGUUCUGGUACCGCUGGGAGGGGAAGAAGGAUGUUGAUUGCAUAGAAUUCAUGAAGAACAACUAUAAACCAGAUUGGACAUAUGCAGAUUUUGCUAAGGAUUUUACAGCUGAAUUCUAUGAUGCAAACACAUGGGCGGAGCUAUUUGCAGACUCAGGAGCUAAGUACAUUGUAUUUGUAAGCAAGCACCAUGAAGGUUUCUGCAACUGGCCAACAAAUGUCUCCUUCAACUGGAACUCCCAGAUGGUAGGACCAAAAAGAGAUAUUGUAGGUGAGCUGGAGCAGGCUAUCCGAAGUAAGACAGACCUCCACUUCGGCCUUUAUCAUUCUCUGUUUGAGUGGUUCAACCCUCUCUAUCUACAGGACAAGGCCAACAACUACACCACCACCAAGUUUGUUGAAGACAAGACUAUUCCUGAGCUGUACGAUCUUGUGAACAACUACAAACCCGACAUUGUGUGGUCUGAUGGAGACUGGUUUGACCCAGACACCUACUGGGGUUCCAAGGAGUUUCUGGCCUGGCUCUACAAUGAUAGCCCAGUGAAAGAUAGGGUUGUCACCAAUGACAGAUGGGGAAAGGGGGACUUGUGUCAUCAUGGCGGGUUCUUGACAUGCGCAGACAGGUACAAUCCAGGAGUACUUCAGCCGAGAAAGUGGGAGAAUGCGAUGACAAUUGACAAGAAAUCCUGGGGAUUCCGUCGAGAUGCUGUCCUGGAUGACUUUCUGACCAUGGAAGAGAUUAUAACACUUCUAGCCGAAACUGUCAGCUGUGGAGGGAACAUGUUGAUUAAUGUGGGUCCAACCAAAUAUGGCAUGAUUAGUCCCAUCUAUGAGGAGAGACUGCGUCAUUUAGGAGAAUGGCUGAAGGUGAAUGGGGAGGCCAUCUACGCCACCAGACCUUGGCUGGCCCAGAAUGACACAGUCACACCAGGUGUUUGGUACACACAGAGAGCUGGGAUCGUGUAUGCCAUUGUGCUGAACUGGCCACAACCAGGACAGCUCCACCUUGGGUCAGCUUUGCCAACUAAUGGAACAAAAGUCAGCCUCCUUGGGUACACUGGAAGCUUCUCCUGGCAGUAUGCUUCACCCAAAGGAAUCAGUAUCACAAUCCCACCCAUCCCUGUCAACCAGAUGCCAUGUCAGUGGGGAUGGGUCUUCUCACUGACAUAAAUGGUUGACGAAAGGACGGGUAUUUGCAAGGACUUUCAGGCCAAAAAUGGGUAGGGCUUUCAAAAUGACAUAAAUUGUUGAAAAAAGGGCUGGGCCUUUGCAAUGACAUAAAUGCUUGUCAGUUGGUUGAGGCUUCACAAUGACAGAUACGGUUGACAAUUAUUGACAGGAAAUAGUUGAAACUGGAUGGGUCCAAAUAGACAUGUAUGUUUUUACACUUACAUUUUUGCUGUUUAAAUACUGACAUGAAUUCUUCCUUGAUUGAAUGUAUUAAAACAUAACAAUCAUUAUAUCUCA